GCCCUCUCUAAAAGUGCCAAAACUUUCUCUCUCCUUAUUCCCUUCAUUUAUUGUCUCUCAUUUGUUCAUUCAAUUCAUUCGUGCAUAUGUAUAGUGAAGUUUAAUCCUAGAGAGAGAGAGAGAGAGAGAGAGAGAGAGAGAGAGAGAGAGAGAGAGAAGAUGCCUUUGGUGAGGUUCCAGGUGAGAAACGAAUUCGGCCUGGGACAGCAGGAGCUCUACAAUCGCGCCAACAAGGAAGAUCCCAAGGCCGUGCUCGACGGUGUCGCCGUCGCCGGUCUCGUUGGGAUCUUGCGCCAAUUAGGCGAUCUCGCCGAGUUCGCUGCGGAGGUUUUUCAUGGCUUGCAGGAGCAGGUGAUGGCUACAUCUUCUAGAAGCCAUAAACUGAUGGUUCGUGUACAACACAUUGAAUCUGCACUUCCUCCCCUCGAGAAGGUUGUGCUGGCACAAACAAGCCAUAUACAUUUCGCUUACACACCUGGUUCGGAGUGGCAUCCUCGUAUACGGAAUGAAAGAAAUCAUUUCAUCUACAGUGACUUGCCGCAUUUUAUUAUGGAUUCAUAUGAAGAGUGUCGUGGUCCUCCACGUUUGCACUUGCUUGACAAAUUUGAUACUGGCGGGCCAGGAUCUUGUUUAAAGCGAUAUUCAGAUCCAACCUUCUUUAAGAGAGUGUCAGCUACAUCUGAUGAAGCAAAUUCUGAGAAUCUCCAAAGAGAUAGGAAGGCACGAAGAAGCAAGAAAAAACGGUCAUCAAAACAGAAUGGAGAUGUUUCACGUGGGGGAUCAGUGUCCAAUUCUCGCAAUUACAGCAUGCAGUUUAUUCCUCCUAUUAUCAAUGGACAAGGCUCUCCUCCUCAAGCUGCAUCCACAGUUGAUACAGCACUUAAUUACGAAGUUGGAGAUGAUUUAAAUUCUUUUAAUUCAAGAACUGAAUCAGGAUAUAUUGAAUGUGUUUUCCAUCCAAGUUCUUCGGUGCAAGCUGAAGGAGAAAAAUUGAAGGAUUCGCCCUGUUUUAACUUAGCACAGCAUAAUGAUACUUUUGAUUCAGUUUUUCCUGAUGAACAAGUUGGGUUUGUGGAUGAUAAUUUUCCCCGAAGUUCAUUGCAGGAGCAAAUGACCUCAGGUUCAUCAUGUGUUACCUGGGAUGAGAAGGCAGAAAUUAUGGAGUCUAAGAGACAAGACAGUGGUAUGGAUGAAGCUCUGAAUAUACAUCAGGGUGAGUAUGACAUAGGCCCAAAUGGAUUUGGAGAUGGGAACAUUGGAAUUGUUGAUCAAAUGGAAAUGCUUGAUGAUGAAAACAAACAGGAAUCAGUCUCCAGCCAGAACGGAAUUGAUGAAAUCGAUAGUGAACCAGACAAUUAUAUGGACGCCCUUAACACUAUUGAGUCAGAAUCUGAAACUGAUCUUGAUUAUCAGACAAAGCGAGAGGUGGAACGUUUUGCCUCAACUUCCAUUAAUGGAGGAACGGAUAGAAUGAUUGAGCUCACUGUGCAUUCAGAUCAUCAUCCUACAACAUCUGAAUCUCACACUGAUUGCUUCAUUUCUACCAAUACAGAAGUUCUCCCAGACAUACCCGGAUCAGUUUCAUCAGAGAGUUGUGUCCGUGAAGAGAUGCCUGCAUCUGACAUUCCCUCAAACAAAGAGUUACCUUCUUCAGAGAGUUGUGUCCGUGAAGACAUGCCUGCAUCUGACAUUUCCUCAAACAAAGAAUUACCUUCUGAUCUUCCCAACUCAUUUUCCUUGGACACUGAUGCCCUUGAGCAAAUUUCUCGAUCGGGUAGGGAAUUUGCUACAGAUCAUCCUGCAGUUAUCACUAGAAGCGCUGAUAUUCUUGAUGUUUCAAAAUUAGAAUCUGUUAUUGCUGACGCGUCGUCCUCUGCAACCAGAGCCCCCGAUAUACAAGAUCUGUUAGAAGAUAAGAGUCUAAGCACUUUCUGCCAGUCUCAAGAAUCUCCAGCUGGCAUAUCCAGCAAUGGUUCAGUAAGGUUUUGGACUAAUGGUGGUCUUUUAGGACUUGAGCCAUCUAAACCUCCUGAUUUUGCAAUGUCAAGUCCCAUAAGUCCGUACUGCAUUAACCGUGGUCAAACUAUUACAGUUGGUCCAUUAAAUCAGACUUGCAUGCUUAAGGAUGAGAUGCAUGGGGGAAAAUUAAACAUGUCAGCCGAGAAGAUCCCUAAUCAAAACGAUUCUGGUUUGCAGUGCUCCAAAACAGGUCUUGAUGAUGAAGAAGAUGGUAUAUCUUCCAAGAAAAUGUCUCAAGGAUUUUCAGCAAAUUAUUUUGAUUCCAGUCACGGAAACAAUGGUGAUUGUCAUAUUCAAGGAAAUGAUCUCAAAGAAACGAGCAUGCCCAGAACUGGAAAAGUGCUUCUGGAGAAUGAUGAAAAUUCAUCUCUGGUUUUUGGACUCAGCCGUAGGUUACUUUCAAAUGGUUUUGGUAAAAAGGUAUCUGAUGUGGGUGAGGACAAAUUUGAACGAGCCCAUUUGAUGAAUGACAAUUUAUUGGGGCAGAGGAGUGAGCUCCAUAAAGUUGCACAUGAAAAAGUUCCUCAAAAACCCCUCCAAGAGCAGUUUUUACGUCGACCUAUUGUAGGUUCACCUACUGCUUCUCCACCACUUGAACAUAUGAAAAUCUCUUUCCAUCCUGUAGACAGCUUUGAAACUUCCAAACUGAAGCUAAAAUUUUCCGAUGGGACACAAAACAAUGAGAGCACAAGAGACAUGUUUCCCUCAUUUCAAUUGAUCCCAGAACCUGCUGUUCCUCUGCAUGAUUAUGGCUCCGAUUCUGAUGAUGACACCUUUUGUAGAUCAUCUCCAUCCAUUUCAGAUGAUUGUCUUAGCCAUCAUUCAGACUCAAAUUCUGAACAGUGGGAAUGUGGAGAAACUACCGAAGGCAAGGAUCAUGAGGUAUAUGAUGCUUUAUGCGGGAUAUCAUCACUGGAAAUUGUUUCAAGCUCUCUUGAACUUGGUGGAAUGCCCAAUAAUGGCAUCUGCUUUGACGGUGUAAUUAAAAGUGAGAACUUGGGGAUUGAUGCAGAACCUUCUCUCUGCAAUGCUAUACUUGAUCUUCCAAGUUUCGAUGCCAUGAAACCUGCACUUCAGCUAGAUACAAUUGGAGAUUCCAAUCCAAAGCAUGUUGUUGUUUCGACGGAUCCUUCCCCAACACCACCACCUCCUCCUCCCAUGGAAUGGCGGGUUUCAAAACCUCAUUCGGAUGUGGCAGAAGACACACCAAAUGUUGCAUCUGAAAAUUUUAAGAUUGCGCUGAGUGCAAAAUUGUUUGGUUCUACUACCUCCCAGCAACCAGCUCCAGCAAGCCAACAACAAACUAAUGAGGAGGAGCUCACUGUUAAACUAAAAAGCAAGGAGGACCAGCAGAAGUUGAACAGGCAGAAAGACAUAAAUCAUGCUCACAAUGGCAAGGGGACGGAUGAAAGAGAAGACUUCUUACAACAAAUAAGAUCAAAGUCAUUCAAUCUCAGACCUACAGUCACAACAAAAUCAACUACUACACCGGCACCUGGACCCCCUGCCAGCAUCAAAGUCACUGCAAUUUUGGAGAAAGCAAACGCAAUUCGCCAGGCUGUUGGGAGUGACGAUGGCGAAGAUGGUGAUUAUUGGAGCGACACGUAAGAUGCUCAGUUGUGUUAGGUCCGAUUGGGACUAUGUUCUUGUUCCUUUUAAGUUUGCAAAGUCGGGAACUGUGUUAUAUGUAUAUGAAUAACGUAACUUUCUUUGUAAAUUAAGCGUAGGGUUAAUCUUGUCACCUCACUGCAGUCAUUUUGCCCUCCUUUUUUAUUUUUAAGUAGUUAAUUUGUUGUAAAACAUGAGAUAAGAAGUUAGUUGACCAUGAAAGCAGUGAGGCAAUUAUUUACACAAUUUCGUGAAUUCUU